UGAAGGUUUACUGAAUUUCUUCUUUGAAAAUGGGAGUUGAAAAAGAAGGGACCAGAAGUGGGUUUUUCCAUUUGUUUGACUGGACCUCGAAAUCCCGGAAGAAAUUAUUUGCAACCAAAUCAGAUUUACCAGAUCCUUUAAAACAGGGAAGAAAAGUAGAUUACAAUGUGGCAAUGGCACAGCCCUAUCUGGUGGAUGAAGAUGAAAAUGGAUUAGGGGCAAGUGUUCGAGGAAGCUGUGAUCAUAGUUAUGCUUCAUCUGUUACAGAUGAUGAAGCAUGUGGGACAAGGGCCCCUAGUGUUGUUGCCAGGCUUAUGGGAUUAGAUUCCUUGCCUACUUCUAAUUUUUCUGAUCCUUAUUCUACCCCAUAUUUUGAUAUGCGAUCCCUUCAAGAGACACAGUGUUUAAGAAAAAACCUCAGUCACCAACAUGAACAUCAGUCCCCAUAUUCUACCAAGCUGGUUGAAAAGGUUGAGGGCUCUUCUAGGAACUUCAUGGAACCAAAGCCUCAGAAGACCAUUAGCAGGCCAAUUGAAAAGUUCCAAACAGAAGUAUUACCUCCAAAAUCAGCUAAAUCAAUUCCUGUUACACACCAUAAACUUUUGUCCCCAAUCAAGAGUCCUAGCUUUGUUCCAACCAAUAAUGCUGCUUAUAUAAUGGAGGCUGCAGCAAGAAUUAUUGACCCUAGAAUCCAGGCUACUACAAAGGCUAAGACACCUAUGGUAGGAUCAUCAACCAUGUCAUUGAGAGUUAGAGAUCUUAAAGAUAAGGUGGAGGCUUCACGAAAAGGACCUCUAAUUGGGCCAUCCUCCAUGACUUCUAGAGCACGAGAUCUAAAAGAGAAAAAAGAAUUUGCUCAAAAGACAGCCAGGCUUUCAGAACCUUCUCAAAGAUCAGUUGAGUCAAAUGCUGCUAAGUAUCUCAAAGGCCAAUCUUUGAACAGAAGCUGGAAUGGAUCUGUGGAUACAUCCAUCAAAUCUCCUAAACAUGAGCAAGAAGAUUCUUCUUUGAAGAAUAAGGGGAAGUCCAUUUCACUUGCAAUCCAAGCAAAAGUGAAUGUUCAAAGAAGGGAAGGUUUGAGUUUGACAGGUGGCAGAAGUUUGAUGGGCCAAGAGCAUCUUGAUGUUAAAUCCAACCAACCAAUGAAGGCAAAUGUUCAGAAAAAUUUGCAUAAGAAAUCUUCCGGUGCCCUCAGACAGAAUAAUCUGAAACAAAAUUAUUCAUUUGAAAAAGAAAAAUUACCAUCAAAGCCAUUGGUUACCAAUUCCCACAGUAGGAAAGUUUUGACUGGGGAUUCUUCUUAUGGACGUCAUAGAAGCUCUAGUAAUAAAUCCAGCGCAAAAUCUAAAGUUGGAUCCAGAAAGUCAGCCAUGGAAGUGACAGAUAGUGAAAAGGAAGUUUUGUAUACCAGCACAAACAGUUUUCCUAGGAAGAAAAGGUCUACAGACAAGGACUGGAAUGAUAGGGUUGUGGAUAAUUUGUUCAUUGAAAAAACUCAGAAGCCAGUUAAGUCUAAUCUAGUGAGUAAUAAACAAUAUAGUUUGGCUGAAGAAGUAAAAAAGAAAGACAUGGAUGUAGUUUCCUUCACAUUUACCACACCAUUAACUAGGGGGAGUCCAGGUUUUGAGUCAUCUGGACAAGCUGGCCAGAAUGCUAAUGGUCUUUCCUUGGAUCAACGUAUUAAAAGAGUGUUGCUUGACACUGAAAAUACAAGGUCUCCAAUAGGAUACAAUGUGAUUGGUGGUGACGCCUUAGGUAUCCUUUUGGAACAGAAAUUGAGGGAGUUAACACGUAGUGCAGAAACUGCAUGCCAUGACUCUUCUAAAGUGAGACAACCUUCCAUUACUUCACCAAUGUCAAAUGAUCAAGUAACCAGCCUUAAUUUAGUUAACCUCAAUCCAAGGUUACAACAGAAGAAAGACCAAGAUGUGUUAUUUACGGACAAGUUAAGCAGUAGCGGUGAUUCAGACAUCUCCUUCACUGGUCCCCCUGAAUUAUCACUGAAACAUAACUCAUGGGUUGACGAGAUAGAACCACAGUUAUUCAAUUGUCGACACCCAAGUCCAAUAUCUGUUCUUGAGCCUUCUUUUUCAAUUGAAAGCUGUGAAUCUUCAAUGAGCACAGAUGUUACUAGUACAGAAGGAAGCAAGUUGUGGUCAUCUGUUCAAGCUCAAGAAGUUAAUCGCUUAAAUUUUUCAAGAAAGUUCUAUCCUUGUGAAUCUGAUGCAGAGUUAUCUGAUUCAGCUUCUUCAACAUCAGCUGGCACCAUGUUGAAGAAGCACGCAAGCGCAUCUUCUGUCAUGAAGUUUAGAAGCUCAAGCACAUGGGAGUUGGACUAUGUGAAAGAUAUAUUGUGUAAUGUUGAAUUGAUGUAUAUGGAGUUUUCCCUUGGUCGAGCUCAUGAGGUUGUAAACUCUCAUCUAUUCGACCACUUAGAAAGUCAAAAGGGAAGGUUCAAGAGUGACGAUCAAUCCAGGGUAAGAAGGAAAGCUACAUUUGAUUGUGUGAGUGAAUGUUUGGAUUUAAGAAGCCGGUGUUAUGUGGGGGGAGGAUACACAAUGUGGAGCAAAGGGUUUGAAAUGGUGAAAAGAAAUGAAUGGUUGGCAGAAGAUGUGUACAAGGAGAUUUCAGGUUGGAGUGGCAUGGGGGAUUCAAUGGUAGAUGAGCUUGUGGACAAGGACAUGAGCAGCCAAUAUGGAAGAUGGCUCGAAUACGAGGUUGAUGCUUUUGAACUUGGAUCAGAGGUUGUGGACCAAAUAUUUGAUUCUUUGGUUGAUGAUGUUGUCACUCAGAUCUUGCAAUUGUAA